AUGACCACCAACGCAGCUCCUGAAUUCGUCCAGCGGUUGACAUCCUUCCUCGAGGUCGACACAGGCAAGGUGGCCAUCUUCCAGGGUCAGUACAAGGCGCUGCCCACUCCAACGGUCAAGUGGUUCAGGGAACAGACUCAACUACAGCACGGAUGCAAGUACAAGAUCGAAUGCAACCAGGACACUGGAGUGAUUCAAUUGAGUGUCCUGCAUACAAACUGGAAAGACGAAGGAGCCUACAAAGUCAAGAUUGAAAAUGACGAAGGGGUGGCUUCGUCCACUGCUUACCUUUCUGUUAUCCCGUCAAAGCACAGACGAUGCAAAGCAAAGAAGGGUUCAGGGAACAGGGUCAGCUCACCACCCCUACUCAAACCAAUCGAAGAGUUGAAGUCAGUGGAGGAGAGCGAGGAGAGGGAGUACCAGGCCCUACCCCCGUCACCUCUCAAUCAGUUCAUCGCUACUAUUCGACACUGCGCAAGGUCCAUGAAUGCCCCGAUCGAUUACGGCAACUUGGAGCAGUUAGGAGAAGCAUUGGACGUUGAAACGAUUGAAGACGGCUUGGACGACGUCUUUGAAAUGAACAAUGAAAUCUCCUCAAAGAACAAACAGACCAACAGCUACAGAGACAUUGACAACAACAACAAAAAUUUGUCCGAUGAAGAACUUUCAACAGGAGAAUCAUCUUCAUCAGAGACUGAAAACGUUUACAACAGCAGCCCUCCGUCUUCAGUCAAACUUUCACAGAUGUUGGGAGUGGGCCUUGCACACGUUCCAUUCACCAUCAAAACAGCAAGAUCGUCAAAUCAAAAAAACAAAACACAAAAUGAAAACAAAAACACACAGAAGAGUCUUCAACAACAAAAACAACCACAACAAGACCCAAAUCUAAAAGAUCUGCACCUUAUUGCCAUUCACAGACCAAACUUGCCAGCAACAUCUCAGCGACCAUCGAAUCGUCCAUUGUCUCCUGCUCCUGUGAUUAAUAUUCACACUGGAUCAAAAAGAAAACAAGUCGGUGAUGUUAAACUCUCCAACAACAACAACCUCAUCAUCAGCGACAGCAUUGAACACGAUCAAACAAACAACCAAUAUGUUAGAAAUGCUGAAUCUGCCGUGAGUGACGCAACUGUCGUAGAAGAUUCAAUGAAAGCUAAUAGUUGCGAAAUUGUCUCUAGCAACAACAACACCAACACUAACAUCAACAACAACUUAUCAAAACAUCUGCCGAACUUGGGAACAUUAAAUGUCUACAUCAGAUCCAACCAUGACACGUUGAAAACCGCGAGCGCAAGGCCGGGUCAGAACGUCAACAUCGGUUAUAAAAACUCCACAAAUUAUAAUCCAACGUUAAAAAAUCUUAAUCAUUGCAAUGUCGAAGAAAAUUAUAAAAACGUCAACUCGAAUUCCAGCAAUUUCGAUAGUGUUCAGUCGAAUAAUGUUGCUAAAUCAGAGAAACUCACAAGUUCGAACCGUCCUCUAAGGUGCAACUUGAAUGUUGAGAACGUUAAUACCAGCGAUGCAACAACAUUCGGCGAUAACAAACACUCAAAAAAUGCGCUGCGAGACCAAAUUCAAUCGCUGCAACAACUGCAGCAGCAACAACAACCACAGCAACAACAACAACCAACUGAUAAACAAGAAUUUCAGCAGUUAAUUGUACAGACACUGGACCUUGCGCAGUAUCUGCACGAUCCAUAUUGUCUGCUUUCAAUUUGUUUCGUUUCCCUGGCCACACUGACAUCCCUUGCAAUGGAUACGAACGUUUCAUGCCUCAUCAUACUCGUUGUCCUAACCGUCAUUAUUUCUGCGGCCAACCGUUCCAAUGUCGACAAAAGAAAAGUUAACCAUUCAAUGUCUAGUCAUUCUAACUAA